CUCAGCCUCUAAACAACACGGAUACUCUGCUCAGACGGAAAAAGCUGCACCAAAGAGGUUAGAGUUUACCGUGGUUCCUUUCCAAAUGCCUACAGGAAGAAAAACUAGCAUGACAGCGGAAAUAACUUAUAAGCAAAUUUUUCAUCCGGGAACAUAAAGUAGCCUAUUUGGGGAAAUUAUCUAACCGUUAUCUAAGUGUUGAGCCGAAUAUAAUUAGUGAUAAUUAUACAACAACACUAAAGUGAAAGACGCAGAUAUGAGCCCAGAGGAGGAGCCAGAGUAUCAGACACCACCCACCUGCGAUCUGCUCAGCCUUCUGCUAAGGAACAGACACCCCACUGGAGCUGUCAACGAGGUUUGGCCCAACCUCUACAUUGGAGACGUUGCUACAGCUCAGCAUAAAACCCUGUUAAUGGAUCUGGGAAUAACACAUGUGGUGAAUGCUGCAGACGGUCCCCAGCACAUUGACACUGGGCCACGUUUCUACAAAGACACCAACAUACAGUAUCAUGGAGUAGAAGCACCAGACUGUAAAGAUUUUGACUUGAGCCCAUUCUUCACUGAGACGGCUGAUUUUAUUCAUGGUGCCCUGAGUCAGAAAGGUACAUUUCAUCCAUUUGAGCCACAGAAAAAUAUUGUGGUAAAAAAAUGUGAUUUUUGAAGAUGCAUCAUCGAGCUGAAAAUCUAAUGUUACAACUAAAUCUUAAAAAUGAUGACCCAAAAACGCAGAAUUUGUUUGCAAUAUAUAUAUGGCAUGCCAGAGGGACUAAAUAAAUAUUAAACUGCUGCAUA